AAAUCUACUCAUUUCACUAUUUUUCAGACAAUGACAUUCACUAACUCAAACUGAAGGCGGCUACACUUCCUCUUUUAUGCACUUCUAAUGUCAACUUCUCAAACUCAAACCCAACUUAGUUCUUCUGAUGAAGAAACUCACCCUCUCAAAUCUCUCCUUUCUCCUCCUACCAAUCCCACCGACACCACUGGCCCACAUUUCCGGCGCCACCGCCUCAACUCCCUCAACACCAACGUCGUUAGCCGACAGCUUCCCUCAGAGGGAUUAUCCUUCCAGCUAUGGCCUGCUGCCACUGCUCUUUUUUCUCUCCUCGACACACACCGCCUUCAUUCCUACCUCCCCUCCCACCUUAUCCGCCGCCUCCGUGUCCUCGAGCUUGGCUCGGGGACUGGCCUUGUUGGAAUAACCGCAGCUGCAAUCCUUGGUGCUGACGUGACUGUCACGGACCUCCCUCAUGUGAUCCCCAACCUCGAGUUCAACGUGUUGGCCAAUGCCGAGAUUAUCUCAGCCAAUGGCGGGGCUGUUGUCGCCACUCAGCUUAGCUGGGGGAAUGUGGAGCAAAUGGAGGUGGUUGGUAAGGAGUAUGAUGUUAUCCUGGGGUCUGAUGUAGUGUAUCAUGAUCAUCUCUACGAAGUGCUGUUGGAUACGUUGAAGUACUUGAUGGUAGGAGCAGAAAGAGAGGUGGUAUUUUUGAUGGCGCACCUUAAGAGGUGGAAGAAAGAGUCGGCAUUCUUCAGGAAGGCUAGGAAGUUUUUUGCAGUGGAUGUGAUUCACCGCGAUAGUCCCUCUGAUGGGAAGAGGGUUGGUGUUAUCGUGUACCGCUUCGUAGCCAAGCAACGCCCUUGUAAUUCAGAGGCUAAUGUUUCCAACAAAAUUUUGGAAAAUGGUGUUUGAAAGUUGGGUU